AAGCAAUUAAAAAAAUAUUCAGUAAAAUGAAUUCGAUGGUAUUAGCUGAACUGUAUGCAAAGAGCUGUCGUGUCACAGUCCUACACACAUCUUAUUUAUUUCACUUAUACAAACCUUUAUUUAAUUUUCCAAAUAGGUCUUCUAUAUUGGAAUACGGAUUUGGUGAUGGAUCUAAUUGGUGUAAUUCAGUUAAACCUCAUCUACCACAAGAUUUGGAAGAAUAUGUGGCAACUGAUAUAUCCCAACAGAUGAUGGACCAUGCUAAAGCCACUCUUGCAAUACCGAGAAUGAAGUUUAAACAACUCGAUAUUGGAGCUGAGAACCUUUCUCCUACAUAUCAACAAAGGUUUAAUUUGAUUUUCAGCUUUUUCGCAAAUCAUCUGGUGAAAAAUCCCAAGCAAAUGCAUAAAAAUAUAUAUAACAUGUUAAAACCAAGCGGACAGACAUUCCAAAUAACCUUGGAUCCGAGUCCUCUGGAUGUGGUUUUCCAUAAUUUAUCGAUUCAUCCUAGUUGGGGCAAUUUUGGACAUAAAAAUGUAAUAUCUCCAUAUUAUUAUAUGCAAAAUUCUGAAAAGGAUAUACAACAUCAUUUGAUGCAAGCAGGUUUCAAGGACUCUUUUGUAAGAAGAGAAGUAUUUGAAUAUAUAUUUGAAAAUGAACAGGAAUGGAAAGGGCUUUAUCUUUCCUGUAAUCCCGUAUUUCCAACAAUUCCUGAGGAAAAAAAGGAAGAAUAUAUUCGAGAUUUCUACGACGAAAUAAAAAAACAUGUCGUAACUUAUAACAAAAUCGGAGGACUAGAGUUCUGUAGUGCUAAAUAUAGCCUAUCUAUGAUUUCUGCACUUAAAUAAUACUACUGGUAAAAUAUAUUACUACUUUUAAAUUAAAAUGUAAAUUGCUAUUUUCUAUUUUAUCACUUUUUGUUUUCCUAUUAGAGAUACGAUUUAUCUACUAGACCUAAGCAGAUGACCUAAGCAGAUUGUCUUAUCUUAUGACAAAUGACACAGUCAGAGAGAGAACAGCAGGAUGGACAAUGAGCUAAGGACGAUAGC